CGCAAGUUGGACUUGAGCAACGGCUACGUCGCUUUAUAAAUACGGCUUCAACUCGGAUGCCGGGUCGUCGGCUCCGGCCCAGUAUCCUCGACGCCAUUACGAUCGUAUGCUGCCUUUACGCACUGCUCGUGGCUGCCGUGCACGCGUACUUGACCGAGCUACCACACGUUGUUGCGUUCGCGUCGCCCAUCAACCCGCUCGGGUCGUCUCUCGUCUUUGCAGUUUGUGCGCUUUUGCAUGCUGUGGGCGGCGUCCAGCUGUGCCGCGCGCGCGCCCGCGUCAACGACACGACGAGCCACCUCCGCUUGCUCAGGCCACUCGACACGCGCACGCAGCGACACGCCAAGUCGAGCUUCAAGUCGCCGUUCCACGAGGUCUCGCUGCGCCUUCGCAGCUUGUUUCGCCUGCGAUUGCGGUCGGCCGAAGUGUCGCCCGACCUCCAAGUUAUCCAAGACGAUCUGCAUCGCAAGACGAUUGAAGCAUCGACGGCAGAUCCGCCGUCACGGCGACAACUGCGGUACUGGCAUCUUCAGAGCGCUUGGGUGCGCGUCGUUAUGCUGGUCGAAGGGCUCUUCAAGCGGUUUUUUGGUCCCGGCGGGCUAUUCAGUCGCACGGGCCGGCUGUACGAAGUGCGCCUUCUCCUCCGCGAGGCUGUGAUUUUGCCACUGCAGCUCGUUCGCGGCGUCCGGCUGAGCCAUCGUAUCAACAGCCCGCUCAUCACGCUCUACGGCAUCGUGUGGGCCUGUCACUGCAUUCUCGUGCUUCCACUUGUCAUGUGGAACUUCUACAACUACCAGUUUGGCACCAAGCAAGAGGUGUACCGCCACCACCGGAUCCGUAUUCUACUGCUCAUCAUCAUUUUGGACUUGGUCUUGAGCGUCGUCGUGCCGAUUUGUGUGUUGGUGCCCGUCGUGUACACCCUCGCACGGACGCCGCGCAUGCUCGAGAACGCUCACUUUAGUAUGUAUGCGAUUUCCGCCAUUGAAGCCUUCAUGGUCACGUCGGUGCUCGAUUUGCUGACGUGUAGCGUACCGCUUUUGCUCAUCUACUCGACGGUCCAGAGCAUCCACACAAAUGCCAUUGGCGCCUUCUUGCAUGCCAAAGUGGUUAUGGCGGCGUCCGUGCAAAUGCGUUUCCAGCUCAUUAAGAAGCUCUUUCGCAUCGGCGCCUUUCGACCCGUGGCGGUGGUGCCAGGUCCGCGCUUGAGCGCCCCCGAGCUCUCGUCCAAGUGGCACCAUCGCGAGUGGUGGACAACGACGCCGCAGGAGACAACACGGCGCUGGGCCGAGAAGGUUCUCCGGGGCUCACUCGCUGCGCGCCGCAAGACAUCGCUCUCGCUGCUGGCGAUUCCGCAGCCACGACGCCCGUAUGUCCUUGGUCUAGUGUUGGCUGGCGUUAUUGGCACGAGUUGUGGUCUCCUGGCGCUCCUCACCAUUAUUCAAGCCGUUCCGAGUGAUGCCUGCUCGCUUCCUCUGAAUACAUCGAUCGUGACGUGUCACGAUGCUUUGCGGCCGUGGACGCUUGCUCCCUCGACGGCGCAGUCAUGCUACUGCCAAGUCAUUCGCAUUGACUGCACGGCGCUGCCACUGUCGCAGCUCGGCGCGUUUUACACCACCCUCGAUGCCUUUCUGAGCACGUACCCCGCCGAGUAUGUCAACAUGAUGACAUUCACCAACUGCUCGAUGACGGCACCACACCGCGUGCCGUCGUCGCUUGAGCGCUUCAGCAACCUCUGGUUUCUUCAUCUCGACGGCGCGUCCUUGCACAACUCGGACAGACUGCCGUCGCUCACCGCCUUUCCCAAGCUCUUGUACCUCGCGCUGCGGAACCAAGCAUGGACGCAGCUGCCCACCGCGCUCUCGGUACUACCGCCGCACUUGUCCGGCCUUGCGCUUUGCGGCAGCCCGCUCACUGAGCCGUGGCCACCUUGGGUCAGCACGACAUGGCUCAACCUCUCGCUUCUAUCCCUUGUCGCGUGCGAGCUCACGAGUGUGCCGGCGCCCGUCGUGGCUCUAGACCGCCUCGCAUCGCUCGACUUGACGGGAAAUGCACUCGCUGCGCUGCCACCGCUGUCGACAGCAACGUGGCCGCAGCUCAGCACUCUGAACCUCGGCGGCAAUCGGCUCACGGUGAUCCCAGACGCACUGUGGUCGCUCCCGCAGCUCUCGACGCUCACGCUGGCGGCCAACCGGCUCGUCAACUGCAGUGCACCGCGUCGACCUCUUGCGCUCUACACCCUCGACGCCAACCCGUGCUGCCAUGCGAAACCGUUGGAGACCUGCUUGACGAGUUGCGCGCCACUUUGCGAUCCGCAGCGGCUGGCGUCGUCCGUGUGCUCCCCGUAUUGCAACACUGUGGUGUGUCGUCUUCAGUCUGCGACCUCGUGUGGCGGAGAUUAAAGCUGGAAAAAGUAACAUGAUAGAGA